CUUAAUCUUUCCUGCUGGCUGGGGAAAUAUUUUCUCAAAAGAUGUGUCUUCAAAACUCUGCUCUUGUUUCUUUCCCUUACACCUUGCACCCUCUUUCCCCUUCCUAGCUAUGAUUGCACAGAUCUCUGCACAGUUGUCCAUGCCCUGGCAAGUACUCAUUGCCACAUGUGAGAAUCAGAGCUGUGGAGGCUCCAUCCUGAACCGUUACUGGGUACUGACAACAGCGCAGUGUGUUCGGGAGGCGGACCCAGGAAGCACAGCUGUCUUUGUGGGGUUGACCCACCCCAAGGGCUAUGUCAAGGGCAUCCCUGUGGCUGGGAUUUAUCCCUAUGAGAAUGGCUCCUCACAGUACAGUCUCUCCGAUGACUACAGCUUGGCUCUGCUGCUCCUCCAGAAACCCAUCACCUUUGGCAAACACAUCACUCGUAUGACCUUCACCCCAAAGGAGUCCUGGGAUAGCUGCAAAGUGAUGGGUUUGCAAAUGCUACAGCCUGGAGAAGUUCGAUUCAACCCCAGUGCCUACCAAGUCAAGGUGCUGAUACCCUCAGACUGUGCCAAAGAACAUCCUGGAGUCAACCCAGGCGUGUAUUGUGUUGUGAGGGAUAACUCAAGCUACCUCCCUGCUGGAGCUGUAGGUGAGGGCGCGGCCUUGCUGUGCCACUUGGAAACCAAAAGCACCAAGUGGAGCCAGGUUGGUUUGGUGAGUGAGCCAUUUCCAGGAUCCCAGACCGUCGUCCUGUCCUCCAGCAUUGCCUCCUAUGUGGACUGGAUAGAAAAAACAUCCAAGCAAGCCAAGCAUCUCUUCGUCAUGCCCCACACAAGCGCAGCCCGUAAACCAAGUAGCUGGUUACUCCUCCUGCUUCUGUCUUUGUUUGGUGGAGCAGAGCUGGGCUGAACAGAGAAGCAAAGAAGAUGGCGACAUCACCCCAAAACCUUCUACAUGGAACGCUGGCCCAGAAUACUAUUUUCAAUAUGCUGUUGUGGCUACCGGAUUAUGGGCUGGCUCAACUUCAGUGCUGGGCUUGAGUGCCUCUUCCCCAUGUUGCAAGUGGCCGGACUCUUUAACUUCUGCAGACAUCAUGAGAUUUCUCCACAUGCAGAUACUCAAUGAAGGACAAUCGUGGCUGCCUCCGUCUAGUCAGCCGGGGCGCAGCCUAGAUGGACUUCAGCAGCUGCCCUGGAUGUGGCUGAGCCGAGCCUGAGGGCUAUUAUGCCGACUUGUAUUGACUACAGCUUUGAUAAAGGAGCAAAUUGUAAUUAUGAUAAAUGAGACAGAGACAUUUGAGAGUAUAGAAAGCUUCAUCUUUAGGAUUUUAAGAGAGAGAGGGAAAAGAUAAGAAAACUAUGGAAAAAAAAGCUCUGGAGAAUUCCUAUUGAAGUUUCUCAAGACUUUGCAAGGAGCUACUGAUUUGAUUCUGUGAUGUGGGCCACCUAAUCCUACUCCCAAGCAUGGGAUUUGCAUAGAAUGAGUGUCAAAAAACAACAGAUUUGGCAGUAUAUAUGAUUCCAAUUGUACAAUUGGACCAUCGCCCUAUAAUUAAAUACAUUUUAAAAGCUCCAAAUCCUCCUAAAUAUGAUGAGGGUUUUCCAGUCUAUACUGGGCUACCCCAGGACUCGGCAUUGAGACAUCAGGCAGGGUGUCAGUCUUUUCCUGGCCCAAAAAAUCUCGUUCUAGAAAGUAUCCUUUGCUUAUCUGCCACCUUUUUUUUCAUUUCUAGAAGGAGCUUCAGAAAGGCUCAGAAAGAGAGCAGGUGGUGGCCGAGCAGAGGAACUGGGAACAGGAAAGAUAAUGGGGGAUAAGGGGUUGUUUCCCACUGUCUGGGUCAGCCAGUUGCAGUUCAGCUUUCACCUCGGGGGCAGUCGGAUGCUGAUCAUUACUUCAGAGCCAUGAGGACCAUCUGGUUUCUCUCUCUCCCAAAGGCGCUGUGGAUAGUGUGGUGGCAGGUUCCAUCUAUGUAGGUUUGCAGAAAAGCAGACACCAAGGGAGACGAACUCUGUAGACUUGGAGGGGAGGGGAAAGCCAUACCUGACAUUCCACAGUGUGAGCCCCCAGGGCUAGAAUCUGCUCCUUGUGAUUUACCUCCUCUGCUUUCUGAACUGUAGUGCAAUUUUA